UACGCGGCGCGCGCCGGCUCCGGCAACAGUUGACAUUAGGCGAUCAAUCGUUCAGUGCGAGUCGUGCGAGAGACAGAAAAGGAAGCUUCUUGAAGGUGUUCAUCUGCCAAAUUCGCUCGGCAGAUUUGUCAUUUCGAUCGAGAGGAAAAGCAAAAGGCUUCAGCAUGUCCCUGGUACCGCUGCUGUUCUCUGACUGGUGGGAGGAUCUGGAAUAUCCCCAUCGGAUCUUCGAUCAAAACUUCGGUCUGAGUCUCCACCCGGAUCAGCUGAUGAACUCAAACAUUCUGGAACGUUUCGCGCAGCAACGUGACAGGCGUCUCAGAUCGUCACCGGUUUACUACCGACCCUGGGGCGAGAUGCUACGCACCUCCAACGAAGCCGGCACGUCCACCGUGAGAGCGGACAAGGACAAGUUCCAGGUUAUUCUAGACGUGCAACAGUUCAAGCCGGAUGAGAUCAAUGUCAAGGUCGUGGAUAAGUGCGUCGUAGUCGAAGCCAAGCACGAGGAGAAGCAGGACGAGCAUGGCUGGAUCUCGCGGCAGUUUGUGCGCAAGUACUUGAUACCUGAACAAUGUGAUAUCGAUCAGGUGUCAUCGAGCCUAUCCUCGGACGGGAUCCUGACCAUCCUCGUCGCCAGGAAGGACAAGCCGGAGACAAAGAACGAGCGCUCGAUCAAGAUCGAGCAUACCGGCAAGCCGGCGAUUCAGGAGAAGGCGGCGGAGAAGAAGAAGGUGGAGAAAAAGAAUUGAAUAAAAUAGAUUGACUUUUCACGAAAAUAUAUAUUAUUCCUAAUGUGUUGUGUAUUCAUGAAAAGGCGUUCUUAUACGUACGCUUUAUGUUUGUGUGAUUUACAUUUUUUUUCUUUUUUUUUGUUUGCUCAAAGCAUUCGUGUUUACUUUUCUUUUCAUUUUUAUUUUUGUAAGAUAACAAAUUGAUCGAAUAAAAAUGUUCAAUUGGACUUAA